GCGUCCAAGGUAAUAUAAAGGCAUACAUCGACUUCACCUGGUUUAACUUACCUGGAACAUCGAACAGCUGCCGCUGUCCAGCACGGUCAGGAAGUCCGUCAGUGCCACACCACUUUCUACCAUCAUGGUGGUGUGGACGGCGCUGAUACUAACAGCAGCCAUUUUGGCGGAGGCAGCGGUACCAGAUCCGCCAUCAUCCGGUAUCACCACCGUCGGCUCUCUGAAAUUGGGAACGGCAGCUGAUUGCGCUGGCGUUGUCGCUUUUUCUGCUACCCAGCCUAAGGGCGGUCAUAUCGCUGGUCUAUAUCCAUUGCCAUUCGACACGACACUGGUCAACAAAGGCGUCGGCUAUGUCGCUCAAACGGGAAUCUUCACCACCCAUUGCCCGGGCCUCUAUCAAUUCAGCUUCGCUGGUUAUGGCAGCGACGACCUAAGGCUAACUCUUCGAAAACGAAAGAACGAGUCUGAGAAUUGGCGGAUGGUUGUCUCCACUGGUAUGGGAGGUGGCUCUAACUUAAUUCUGCAGGAAGUCGAAGCUGGAGAACAAUUCACGGUUGUCGUUGAGUCCGGAAAGAUAGAGUGGAGCGGCACAUUCUCUGGAUAUCGAAUCGCCAAGAAAUAAUCGGCAAAAUAACAAUGAUCCCUAAAGAAGAUUUAUCCUUCAAGAUCGGCCGAAGCUAUCUUUAAAAAUAAUUGACCACGACAAUUGGAUGAUUCAAUUCGCUCGUGAUCGAGCUGAAAUUCUCUACGAUUCAUCGGAACGCUACGUAAAAUUUGGUCUUUCGAAAACCCCUUUCCUCGGUAAUCAGCAUUUAAUUGUUUGUAAUUUAUAGUUUAUAUAAAACGUUUUCUGUUAAUCGUGUAAAUGUUCGAAGGCUGAUUACCGAUGAUCUUGGUAUGUCUAUCGUGGUUACCUGAUAUCAACCUGAUGCUGAAGAGUGCAAAAUGGAAAUGAACUCGAUGUUCGAUCGGUAUUUGAUAAAACUGCAAGUUUAUAAUGUUUUCUCUAUAUAUUUAAUCUACACGAGGAAUCGCUCGGAAUGAUUAUCAUCGAAGUUGUAGUAUGAGUUUCGAAUUGGAAAAUGAUUGAUCAGAGCGGUUUUAAUCUUCUCCACGUACUUAACGCUCUGUGAUAGCCCUCUUUUCCCUUCGUUCUUCUUUUUCUUACUGUCGUCACAAUUUCAUUGAUUUUAUUGGUUAUUUUCAUGUACAGUCGCAUCGGCAGGAGUCAAUGAAAUUGUGAAACAAACUCUGUUCUCAGCUCAUGAUUGGUGAUUUUCCUGAUUUCUUUUUUAUUUUCUUUCUCCUAUUUUCUCUUUAGCUAUAAACAUCUUAUUUCUCUUUUUACUCUCUUUCGUUGUACAUACAUCUUUCCACUCCGAAAAUGUUUACGAAUUCUUUAAUUUUUAUGUACUACUUUUU